AUUUGUCAGCAUGGACGCGUCCAUGAGCCGUGGUGGUGCUCGUGAAAGAGAAAACAGCACAAAUAAAGAUGCAGAUUCAGACACAGCGGAGUUUUGCCCAGGUUUUAAAGACGUGGAUGCUUUUGUUAAGUAUGGCCUCGGUACCGUCAUGACUGGGACUAAAGCGUCUGCCAGUUUGCCACAAGCAGGAGACGAAUAUGACUUUUACCGGAGCUUUCCGGGCUUCCGGGAAUUCUGCUCGGCGCAAGGAGACCGACUUUUACACUGUAUGAGUCAGUUGAUGCAGAACCAUGGCUGCAGACCUCACCUGAGAGACCGGAGCAAGCUGACUGGCCUGGAGGAGCACUUUGACACUGUGGUAGAUGCAAACGACGUCAUUCUGGAGAAAGUGGGGAUCUUGCUGGACGAGGCGUCCGGAGUGACCCGGUCGCAGCCUGUUAUGCCUGCAGGUUAUCAGCCUCCCAAAAUUGUCGUGUCUAGUUGGAAUCGAAAGGGAGGUGACCGCAGUGCCGAGACGUUCCGCCUGCUUCACGCCAAGAACGUUCAGCGGCCGCAGCUAAAGUUUAAGGAUAAAGUCGACAACAGCAACACACCCUUCAUCUCAAGAAUCUUCAUCAAGCCCAACGCGUUAAAGCCACUGGCUCCAUAUUUUAGCAACAAACACCUGAGGAAGGAGAGGCCCGAGGACUCGGACGUACCCGUAGCACUAGCUGACUUCAUCCACCAGCUGAGAAACCAAGAGCACAAUGAAGACAUGUUUUCUCAUCCCUACCAGUAUGAGCUGGACCACCUGGUCAUGCCAGAGAGUCUCCAGAGUAAACCUGAGCCACAGAUGUAUAAAGCUCUAUCAGAGACGAGUUGCCAGCUCAUCAACACCUUAGAGGAUCUGGCUGCUUUAAACGAGACGCUGAAUAAGACGACAGAGUUUGCAGUGGACUUGGAGCACCAUUCCUACAGAAGUUUUUUGGGAAUCACGUGCUUGAUGCAGAUCUCCACCAGAGAAGAGGAUUUCAUCAUCGACACCCUUGAGCUGCGCAGCGAGAUGUACGUUCUGAACGAGAGCUUCACUAAUCCCAGCAUUGUGAAGGUCUUCCAUGGCGCCGAUUCGGAUAUCGAAUGGCUGCAGAAAGACUUCGGCCUCUACGUGGUCAACAUGUUUGACACUCACCAAGCUGCUCGAUCACUCAACCUCGGCAGAAACUCGUUAGAUCACCUCCUCAAAGUCUUCUGCAACGUGGACUCAAAUAAACGCUACCAGCUCGCCGACUGGAGAAUACGACCCUUACCACAGGAGAUGCUCGAGUAUGCUCAGGCUGACACGCAUUACUUGCUCUACGUGUACGAUCGUCUAAGAGCAGACUUGUUUGACGCGGCUAACGGACAGCCUUCGCUCAUACAGCUCGUCUGGUCCAAAAGCAAAGAUCUCUGCCUAAAGAAAUACCUGAAGCCCAUCUUCACUGAGGAAUCAUAUAUGGAGCUGUACAAAAGGCAGAAGAAGAGCUUUAACAGCCAGCAGAUAACCGCCUUCCGUCUCCUGUAUGCCUGGAGAGAUAAACUGGCAAGAGUGGAAGACGAGAGCACCGGAUAUGUCCUGCCCAACCACAUGAUGGUGAAAAUUGCUGAGGAGUUGCCCAAGGAGCCGCAGGGCAUCAUCGCUUGCUGUAACCCCACUCCGCCACUAGUUCGCCAGCAGAUCAACGAACUCCAUCAACUCAUCAAGCAAGCCAGGGAAAUCCCACUGCUGAAGGCGGAGCUCGCGGCAGAAAAGAAAAAAACACUGACACCUAAACGAAAGUCUGAGUCGACAUUGUUUGGGCCCCAUGACAUCUGCCGUACGUCUGAAAGUGACCUUAUGGAGCUCUCGUCUCACGAAGCCCCGACCAAACGUGGAGUCCUUUUCUCAGAGGAAGAUGAUUCACACCUUACCGAUGACCUGACGUCUCUGAACGGACUUGUAGCUUGUGCAAAAAUCCCCCUCUUCUCGGAGGAAGAGGAAAUCCCUGAACCCACAACCCUUACCGUGGCCCAGCAGAAAGCACGGAGCAUCAUGGAGUCUUUUGAGAAUCCUUUCAGAAUGUAUUUACCUUCAAAGGAUAUACACAUCUCCAAAAACGCAAAAUACGACCCUUCGACCAAGAUUUAUGAGAUCAGAAACCGGUGGAAGCUGCAGAGUGUUGAACAGCAUCAGAAGGAGGCUCAGGCUAAACAGCAAGCGAAAGAGCGGGCCAAGAAAGCCAAAAAGGAGCGUAAAAAAGCCAAGCAGAGCUAUCAGGAGUCCCUGCAGAAUGUCUCUACAGUCAGGCAACAGGUCCAGGAAGCUAAGCAAGGAGGACAGAAAAGGGAGCGGGUUACAAGUGAACCAAGUGAUCAAACAUGCAAACCGAAAAAGAAAGCGAUGAAAACUCAGAAGUCUGCCACCGCUUCUCCUGCAACAUCUGAAGCGAGCCAGAAACAAGAGCUUGAAGAUCCUCAACAGGCCUCGGCUGCUGCCUUCACACCUUACGAUUACAGCCAGACCGAUUUCAAACUCUUUGCAGGUAAACCCAAAGACUCCACACAGUUCGAUCCAAACAAACAGGCUAACGAGCCCAGACGCAAGAAAAACCUUAGAGGAAAUAAGCAAAGUGCCGCUGGAGGCCGAAGCAUGUCUUACCUGCCUGCAAAAUCUGACAGGGGAUUUCGUCAUAACUGGCCCAAAAGAUAAUCUCCACAGGACAACAUGCCUCCUUUUUUUUGGUUUUGUUUCAUUUAAUUUUUUUUUGUUUUGUUUUUUAAUGUGGGUCUUUUUAUCUAUAUAUUUUAUAUAUAGUACAUUUGGGGGAAAUGAUGCACAAUGUUGUAUUAAAAUUGUGGAAGACCUUUCAUUAAAAUUAACCUUAUAAAUAUUA